UUCCUCUUCUGUCCCUGCCUGCCGCUCCCAGAAGGCGCCGGCGCUGCUGCGGGAAGGUCGUGAAGGGGAGAGGUUCGCUGGGCUGCCCUACUCGGUACCAUGCUGACUGCAGCUGUCCGGAGGUUUAGCACCACCGCCCUCCGCAGGACCCACUAUGAGGAAGGCCCCGGAAAGAAUCUUCCAUUUUCUGUGGACAAUAAAUGGCGAUUACUCGUCCUAAUGUGUGGAUUCUUUGGAAGUGGAUUUGUUGCCCCUUUUGCUAUUGUCAGACACCAGCUUCUUAAGAAAUGAAGAGGACAGACUGUAAUUGUGAUAAUUAGAGUUGAAGUUUUCUGCAUACCAUAUUUCAAUGGGAAAAGGAUAGCUGCACUGUGUACAAUGCUGGUUGUGUCUAAAUAAAAUCUUUAACCUGAA